AUGACAAUGGCCCUUCGCCGCCUAUCCUCCGCAUUCGUAAGCACCUCCCUCCACCUUUCGCUCCGCCACAUCCGUACCACCCCUCUUACCAGCCCCAUCUCCCCACCACUUCGCUACUCCCGCCUCUCCCGAUCCACUGUCUCCGCACCCACCAUGGUCGCCACAAAAUCGGCCCCGGGCGCACUCGACACAGACGAGUCGGGUGGCGUUCUUAUCGCCCCGCGCAAUGGCAUGCUCGACAUUGGCUUUUCUGCAGAUCUCAGUGCCCAUACGGGGGAAAUUCUGGUCCUAGGCGUGUGGGCUCUGGAAGACGAUGAGGCGGAGUUCAAGAUCCCGCCUUCGCUGGCUGUAUUUGACAAGGAUGGCGUGCUGAGUGAGGUUGUCGUUGAUGCAGAAUUUAAGGGAAAAGCAGGCUCUUCUACAGAGAUCGUGCGUGUCUUCGGGUCUGGGGCGAAGAGAUUAGUGCUGUACGGUCUUGGAAAGAAGAGCAAGGGCUCCAAAGCCGUGUCUGGCGCUGCCAAAUUUGCCGUAGAAAAGGGCAGGGGGAUCAAAUCGUGCUCCUCGGUCGGCUUGUACGUCGACGAUGCGUCUGUCGGCGACGUGGCAGCGAUCGCUGAGGGAGCGAACGUCGGAGCGUACAUAGACGAGAGAUACAGGGAGAAGAAGGAGUCGGAGAAGGUCCCGUCGGAGUUGCUGAUCGUUGGCUUAUCCUCGAAGGACGAGUACGCAAACGCUAUCAAGCGCGGCACCGCGAUUGCGACGGGCAUCAUCACGACUAAAGAAGUUGUCGCCGCGCCAGCGAACGCCCUGACGCCCCAGACGCUUGCGAUUGCCUCGGAGAUGGUGGCAAAGGAGACUGGGCUUGACAUUAAGAUCAUGGGACGGGCAGAGUGCGAGGCACUGGGUAUGGGGAGCUACCUAGGUGUUGGACGCGGAUCGACAGAUGAGCCCAAGUUUAUUCACAUGACGUAUAAGCCGGAGGGCGGGGCUACUAAGAAGGUAUGCCUAGUCGGGAAAGCAGUCACUUUUGACACGGGCGGGACGAACUUGAAGGUAGGAGCGUCUAUGAUUGAGUUGAUGAAGUUCGAUAUGGGUGGGUCUGGCGUUGCUCUGGGUACGGCAAAGGCGAUUGGAGAGAUUAAGCCCAAGGGAGUAGAGGUGCACUUUAUCAUGCCCGCUGUGGAAAACAUGCUGAGUGACAAGGCGAUCCAUCCCGGGGACAUUCUCAAGGCUAGCAAUGGAAAGACGAUCGAGGUGCUCAACACCGAUGCGGAAGGGCGCCUGUGUCUUGCAGAUGCGUUAGUGUACGCCGAAAAUCUUGGCGAUGUUGAUUAUAUCGUAGACAUGGCAACUCUGACCGGGGCGUGUAUUGUGUCUUUAGGAAACGAUAUGGCCGGGGUGUGGAGUUCGUCAGAUGAGCUUGCCCAGUCGAUAGUCAGCUCUGGUGAAGAGGUCGGGGAGAGCAUGUGGCGCAUGCCGCUCUAUGAGGAUUACGCAGAGCAGCUCAAGAGCAAAAUAGCGGACUUGAGGAACAUCGGUGCAGGACGAGCGGGCAGCUCGAUCACGGCAGCCCUGUUUCUGAAGGAGUUUGUGAAGACGAAGAACUGGGCUCAUAUCGAUAUGGCUGGACCUGUGUGGAGCGAGAAGAAGGGCGGGGCGACAGGUUAUGGUGUUAAGACGAUGGUCAAGUGGCUCGAAUCCGUCGUGGACGCAUAG